GGCGCUUCGUCUCCUCACUCUCCCAUCGGACCCCCAUCCCCAUGCCCCUGACCGUCACCCGUGGUUACUCUGUUUUCCACUCCGGUGAAACUCCUGCAGCAGAUUCGAGCUCUUCACUCUCUCUCGGGAAAAGAAAAGGCAAAUAGAGGUCUUCGUUUCUUCUUCAAUCCGACCAUCUUCGCAUUUUUUGUGGCACAGGGAGUGCGAUCCUUGCUAGCUAUUCCCCUGAUGCUUUCUUGAUCAGACCUGGAGUGCUGGACCAGUGGUCUUGGAGUUGGAGGAGAAGAAGAGUAUGAGUGGUGGGGUUCCCGAGCUGGCGUGCCGGAAGCGGCUCCGGAGCUGUGACGUAAAUGUGAAGAAAAAGGAAGAGGGGAGGAAGAAAAUGCACAGCGAGGAGGAGGAGGAGGAGGAGAGGAUGGAGAUGAAUUACAUGAAAGUAUUCGCUGCAAAUUCGGAGAAGAAGAGAAGGGAAAUGCCGACCAAUCUCAGCGACGAGGAGGAGGAGGAGGAGACGUGGGACACUGACAAGACGGCGAAGAAGAUGGUGCACAGUGGCCAUGGUAAGGCGACGGACAGGAAGGCGUCCAUGGCAACCUUUGAGAAGGUGAAGAAAAAGAAAUUGGUGAGCAGUGAUGGUGGCGAGAAGAAGAUGCAGAGUGGUGAUCGUGACAGGGAUAAGAGGAAGAACAUGCUGUUCCCAUUCAACAAGAAUAAAGACCCUUUGAAGGAGAAGAACUGGAAGAUGCCCAGCCGUCACAGCAGUGACAAGAAGAUGGGCAGUGGUGAUCAUCACAAGGAUAAGAUGAGGAACAGGCCGCAACCAUUGGAAAAGAGUAAACACUCUGAGAAGGAGAAAAUGAAAAUUCUGAGCAGUCACAAUGGUGAGAAGAAAAACAUGUGGGGUCAUGAUCAUGAAAAAGAUAAGAGGGGGAGCACGCCACUCCAGUGUAGCAAGAAUGAAAUGAAGAAGAGGAUUAUGCAGAAUACCUGUGAUGCAAAGGAGAAGAAAACGUGGCCCAGUGACCGCAUGAAGAAGAAGAAGAAUGCAUCACUUGUUCUCUCCAAGGAGAACAAAAUUCAGACGUUGACCAAUAACAAGAGGAAGAAUACGAACUUGACGGUAUCCAAUAAGGAGAAGAAAAUGAGAACCGAUGUUAAGGAUAAUAAGGAAGAGAGUGAUGGCAGAUGGAAGGGCCAUAACGAGGUGCCAAAGGUGCAAAGUGGUGACAAGGAGAAGAAGAGGAAUCUGCCUGCAUUCUUCAAGUUCAUACGCAACAAUUUCCAGGAAUUCCUGUUGCUACCACCAAUGAUUGCACCCAAAUUGAAGGAUUUGACUAAUCGUCGUGUAUAUCUUAAAGACUCAGAGGGAAAGUCUUCAAAGAUCAGGCUAUCAGUGGUAGAGGGUUCCCUAGCUUUUUAUCAAGGAUGGAAGGAAUUUAUUUCAGACCAUUCGAUUAAGUCGGGUGAUUUCCUCUUGUUUGAGUACAUUGGCAAGUCAACAUUUUCUGGCAUGUCAACAUUUUCUGUCCGGGUCUUUGGUAUAGAUUCUUGUGAAAGACUAUCUUUCAAUGUUGAAAGGCAGGGUGGAAAGAAGGAACAGAAAGAGAGUCAUGCACCUGAUGAUUUGGUCCCAUGUCAUGGGGUUAGGAACUCGGAAGACAUGAAUGGCCAUCUCUAUGAUUCUGGUGAAUAUCUUGGGAGCAAAGGGACUAAAUCAAAACCCAAUGGAUACAUGAAUAAUCACGAGAUUGCUUCCUGUAAUUUAGUUUUUAAAUCUAUGAAUGCAGCUUCAGGAACAAGUCAUAUGGCUGCUGAUUCAAAGGAAGAUCUUAGCAGAGCAGUAAGUGGGUUUGAAUGUGGACCCUUAGUGGCAUUAGAUAACAAGGAUGGAUAUUUGGCCAAUGGGGAGAACAAAGCUAAGAAUAUUUAUCCAAUAUUUAGCAAAGGAAAAUCAAAACAUGAUGUAAUUGAAAUUACGGAUGAACCUCCUGUAGCACAAGAAACUGAAGAUGCGGCGAAGCUAACAACAUUGGACACGGCUUCAGAAAUGCAUGAUGUGACUGCUAUUACAAAAUUAAGAAGAAAUGAAAUAAUUUCAGUGAAUGAUGCAGCUCCUUUGGCACAAGAACAAGCUGAUGCAGUGGAGCUAAAAACAUUUUGUUGCCACAUAGAAGAUUCAAGCAUGAAGAAAGAAUCUGGGCUGAAGGUUACUACUGCAACAAAAUGUCCAGAAAUGCAUGAUUCAGAUGAAGGUUUAAGAAGGAAACAAGAAGGAAAUGCAGUAAAAUUAAAAUGUACUACAGAUCUGGACAAUCCAAACAAUGGCAAGAUGCAUAUCAUUGGAAAUGUUUGCAACAAUUAUGAAGCUCCUGGAGGUUCUCAGUGUUUGGAGAAAUCGAAGAAAGCUAUUGUGAGUGGUCAUGGAGAUCUUGACAGCAGUGAACUGAUCAGACCUGAAAAUCGACUGAAAACUGAGAAGAAACCGGUUGUUAAUUGUAGUGCAAUACGGUUAAACCCUGCUGACGAGUCCUAUCUGCAACCAAUGGCUGGCACUACUUUUCAACUUCAAACAGAAAGGGGGCAACCAGAACCUGAUAUAAAUAUUGUAAGCAGACAAAGGAACAAUAUUCCUGUGCGUGCGAACCAUGUAGUUGCAUGUCAGUCAGAACAUAACUUCUUGCGACAGGGAGAUAUGAAGUCCAGUUCUCAUGUGAUCCCAGUGCCUUUGCUGCCUGUCAAGUCUGAAGUUCUGGAGUCAGAUGAUCAUUCCAGAUUGAAGACCGGCAUGCAAUUCUGCAUUCCUUCUACCAGUCAGACAUGGCUUGAGUUACCAAAUCCACUCUCCAAUGCUGUUUGGCAAAAACAAAGGCAAAACCGGAGCGUUAUAAUGCUCAAGGAUCCCAUGAAGAGAUUAUGGCCGGUCUUUUACCACGAGAACUCCUUAUUUGUGGGCUUCACCAGAGGCUGGGAGUCUAUCGUUGCUGCAAACAACCUUCAGACUGGGGAUGUGUGCACGCUUUUGAAGGAUUUGGAUGAAGUCGAGCACGUGUACCAUGUCGAGAUCACAAGAAAGUGAGGACGCUUGCAAGCACGGUGCAGUCCUUCUGGGUAAAACUUUCAUCACAGUGCCGUUAAGACUUCUAUUUAUCCCCAAGCAGCAUUAAGCUGACGCUUGUUGUGCCCAAUAUGAUGCAGAGGCAUCAUGAAGAAACAUGCAUCUGUCUAACUGGGAACUUUUGACAAGGAUGUGGUACUUGCUAGAGUACAUCUGUGCGUGUAGUAACCUGGCUGUGGAAGAAGACCUGCUUGGUGUAUUUCGGGCAACAUCCCAGAAAUGUAGCAAGGAACUGCAUGUAUUUUUGUGGUGCGGUUGGUGUAUUUUGUGAACUUGGCCUUGGCCAUUUCACUUUUGGUCUUGUGUUCCUUAAAUCCCCUGGUAAGAUGUCAUUCGUCAUUGCCUGAA